AUGCGCGUUUGUCAUCGCAUGCGGCGAGAGCCAGACCGUUCGAACUGGGUGGCCAAGCGGUACAUCAGUGAUCCCGAUCUCUCCGUCCUCGAAAGCGAUGUGAUCAUGCAGAUGAUCGCCAAGAGCUACGGAGACCGUUUCAACUCUUGCUCUCCACCGAAGAAGGUGGACUUCGUGGAGGCAUCGGUGCUUGCUGUCCUGGAGCGACCCGGUCAGCGGCGGGACUUCGCGGUGGAGGCCUUCUUGGAUGGCAGCUUCACAAAGCACUCCAGCAACUCAGGCUUCGUGGCGGACGAGGUCGUAAGGAACACUCCCCAUGCCUUCUCGCACUACACCUUUGAAGCUUCGGCUGGUGAGCAGAUCGUCGUGGACAUCCAAGGUGUCGACGACUUGUACACAGAUCCGCAGAUCCACACUGCUACAAGCUCUGCCAGCUUCGGACGAGGAAACAUGGGCAUCCGCGGGAUUGCGCUCUUCUUUGCCAGCCACCGCUGCAACAGCGUUUGCCAUCAGCUCGGUCUGACACCGUUUGCGCAUUCCCCGAUGCCAGGCGACGGAGCAGCGACGGAGUACGGGAGGGAUGCCGAUGCGGCCCCCGACGAGGAGGUGGUGAUUCGGGCAGAGCCUUCAUCGCUGGUGCUGGCGGUGGGCAAAGGAAAGAACUCCCGAGCUGAAAUUUACCGCCACGUCCACUUCGCCUUGGCCAUGCUGCACGCGCGGCACGUCCAAGCGUUCCCGUACAUCCUGCAAGCUGCCGAGAGCGGUGUGGCGAAAGCCAUGGCCGCUGCCGCUUACGCCUACGAGCGCUUCAAGUCCGGCAUCGCAGUCUCCGUGGGCAUCGGGCAGGAGGAUGACACGGAGACUUGGCAGCACAUUUGGGGUGAUUCCUCCGAAGCGGCUCAUCUGGAAGAGGAUCUCCAACUCCGAAUCCUCCUCGAGAUUCCGUUGGCUUGGCAGUUUCAAGUUCUGUCCAACAACAGGGCCCGUUUAGAGUCGGCCGACAGUGGGGAAGAGUCCUCGCCAGUGGACGAGAGGGGCGCGUUGCCCAAGCCGCAGAUCGGAAUCCACAAGGGCUUCGGCAAUGCAAGAGUUCAGGGCACGAGUUGUCCAAGUCGCGUGCGGAGCCCCAGAGCAGCAAAGAACGUGGAAGAUUUCUUAGAGAUUCGGGCAGCUUAUCGCGCCCGUGCACGCGUGGACCACCCGGACAUCAGCGAUGCUGAGGAUGCCCAAGAGCGGUGGAUGGAGAUCUCUGAAGCCUACAAGUCGCUAACGGAUCUGAUCCGCGGCUGCAGCGAAAGCAGCGUCAGAAAUCCGCCGGCCAAGUUAGACCUGAAGAAGCCGAAGCUCAGCCGCCGCAGCGAAGCUGCGGAGAUCGCCAGGGCUAAGGCCAAUGCCGAGGAGAGGGCGGAGGCCAACGUCGUGUACAGCCGACCCAGAAUUCAGAGUUCUGGAGCACUGCGAGGGAGUGUGGAGGCUUGCUUAGCUUCGCAGCUGCUCCCAGUCAUAUGCGACGGUGAAUACGUCCCGAAGAAACUCUUGUGUGUCAAGAACCCUGGGAUGAGCAUACGUGGCAUUCGGUGGCAAAAUGCCACGACCAUGGCUGGCGUUGCGUUUUGCCUUGGCAGUCUUGGUCUUUUCAGUGGGAUGAUUUACUUUCAAGUCACCACCUGCCCUUUCAGGACCUGCCUCCUGAUCCAGGGGGAGAAAACCUUCGAGUUAUCGUAUAACGGCGGGGAGUCUGGCUAUGGUGGUCCGGUUUGGUAUGCGCCUGCCGGAACGGACCCAAGUAAGGGCCUUUGCGCAGCAGCUGAGCUUCCAGAAGCUGGCUUCAUCGCCUGCGGCUUGCGUGCUGCGGCCAGAGCUGUGGAGCGGAAAGAGGCAUGGGUCGUCUUCGUGUGCACCGAGGGUGUGCCUUCCGCCUUAAUGCAGCACUUGCCGCUGCUUUGUGCUUUGCAGCAAGUCCCAGUCGCGGUGGUGGCAGCCACAACCGAGGCCUUGGGGAGCGCCGUGGCCCCGCUCUGGCCAGGGCGAAGGAAAUCCAACCUCGACCAAACCGUGGCAGUUGCCUUGCUUCGGCGCUGCGAGGAAAGACCAAGGCUAGCAGAGCUCUGUCGUCAGCUGGAGGGAUCCCUUCCGCCAGUGCGCUUGCCGUUCCUGUUGCCUGAAGGCGGUGCUAAGCUUUGGCGCCCUGCUCCGGCUGCAACGCUGGAUGCGAAGGGGCCCUCGCAGGGCGUGCCGGAAGGCUUCAUCCAUCUUCCCACCGCACCACGCAAUACCGGAGGCAAUUGGCGAGGUGAGCACACGAAGAAGGGCUGGGAUCCUGUGGGCCGCCUUCGACACGGGCCCGGCAAGGGCUCCGGCAAGAGCUCUCGCAAGGGUUCCGGCGAGGGAUCCGGCAGAGCAGCGUCGCAGCCUGCAGAGGCUGCUGCGGCGAAGGACAGCCUCAAAAGAAAGAUAGAUGAAGAGCCAGGAGGCCCGGCGUUGAAAAAGCCGGAGCUCUCUUCUCAGACCCGACCGGCAGGAGGCCCCGAGUUCGAAGAGCCGAAGCUCUCCUCCCAAAGUACGCCAGCAGGCACCGAGCCGAGAAUGCCGGAGGUCUCCCUCGAGAGUUCUCCAACACCUGCAGGAGCUCUAAGCGAGCCGACUUCGCCACCGAAGCCUGUCGAGCAGGGGCCGACAAUUUCGGACUUCUUCGACACGAUGGAUGGACCUGGAGAAUCUGUUUGA